AUGGCGGACUUGGGCCGGCAGUUGCAGGAGUACCUCGAGCAGUCGAAAGUCGCUACUACCACCGGUAGCUCCAGCACAGCCCCUGCGUCGCCGCCCGCCGGCUGCUCGCAAGAAGAUGCCGGGAGCAGCGGCCUGGGGUCCUGGCUAGGCACGCUGAACCCCUUCCUGCCGGGCCGAGGCUCCCUCUCUGCGGCGGCUGGGUCGGGCUCGGGUUCAGGCUCAGGCUGGCCGUGGGCGUCCGAGGCGGACCCUUGCUUGCCUGGACUGUCGCGCUGGCAGCGGCUAGUCGGGAGCGGGCUGUGCCUGCUACUAGCUGCUAUCUGUUUCGGCCUCGCUGCGCUGUACGCGCCGGUGCUUCUGCUUCGUGCCCGUAAAUUCGCACUGCUCUGGUCCCUCGGCUCGGUCUGUGCCCUGGGUGCCGCUGCCCUACUGCGUGGGCCCGCCCGCCUGCUACGGGAGCCCAGUCGCGGCUUCCUCCUCUACCUCGUCGCACUCGGUGGCACCCUCUACGCGGCGCUGGGGCUACGCAGCACCCUCCUGACGGCGCUGGGCGCUGCCGUCCAGUUGGGAGCCGCCGCUGCUGCGCUCCUGACUGCGCUGCCCGGAGGUGGCGCCGGCCUGCGGCUCUUCGGCGGCUUCCUUAGCGCCGCACUGCGCCGCCGUGGCAAAGCGUUGCCGGUGUGA